AUGACAUUGAAAGUUGCAUAUAUCCCCGAGCAUUUCCUGACACCUCUCUUUUUCGCCAAAGACAAUGGAUACUAUUCCAAGGCUGGCGUGGAUGUUGAAUUCGUGCCAGUAAUUGAGGGCAGUGGAAGGCUCAUCAAGUUGUUGAACGAGGGCAUGGUUGAUGUAGCCAUUGGGCUCACUGAAGCAUUUGUGAGCGAUAUUGGCAAAGGAAACAACAAGAUCAACGUUGUGGGAACGUAUGUGGAGAGUCCACUUUGCUGGGCCAUUUCCUCUGGCAAAAACAGAGACGAGAUCACCAAGGCAGAAGACUUGGCAGGUAAAAAGAUCGGUGUCUCCCGAAUUGGCUCAGGUUCCUACGUCAUGCUGUACGUUCUUGGCUUGCAAUUGAAGUUUCCUACGCCUUAUUUCAGUGAUUUUCCUGUGUUAUCUAAUUUCAAGAACUUGAGAGAUGCCGUCAACCAAAAGUACGUCGAUGAAGACGGCAAGGCCGUUGACGCAGACGCUUUCAUGUGGGAGCACUUCACGUCCAAGAGGUAUUACGACUCCGGAGAGAUCAAGAAAAUUGGCGAAAUUUACACACCUUGGCCCUCAUGGGUGGUUACAGCAAGAAAGGAAACCGAUAAGGAGCAAGUUAGGAAGUUCUUGGAUGCCGUCAGGGAAGGGAUCGCAUACUUUUUGGAGAAUCCAGACGCCGCAGUAAAGCACAUUUCAACCCAUCUCGACUACUCAGCAGACGAUGCUAGAGAGUGGUUGAAGACAGUCAAGUUCAAUGAGCAAAUUGGUAAGAAAGAAAUCGACUGGGAAAGGGUGGUGCUGAAUACUACUAAAGUUUUGAAAACGGCUGGUGUGCUUGAGGAGAAGCCCGAGGUUGAUGAGAACCUCCAGAACAACAUAUACUCACUUGUACACUAG